AUGACAUUGAAUAAUGCAUUCAUACUGCUCCUUGUCAUUUUUCACAAUGCGAACAUCAUCGUGGCACAGGAAAAUUCAGCAGUGGACAAACGCUUACUCUUAGAUGACCCCCAGACAGUUACAAGCCAAAUGCUUUCUCUUCAGAGGGAAAUCCAGACCUUACAGACCAAGAUAGCAGAAAUUGAUGUCCACCAAUCCCAAAUCCAGCUUUUGAAUGCACAAAUUGCACAACUUCAACAAGAAAAUGCUGCCCUGAAGCAACAGAUCUCCCACGGAAGUUCCAACCAUGAUGUCCAAAUUCUCACCACCAAGGUUGCUACAUUAAAUCAGGAACUACCACUCUUGAAAAUGAAAGUGGAUGCAGUGGUGAUUGAAAAUCAAAAGUUAUUGCAACACUCAGGUACAACCUUCUUUCCUAUUUGGGGUCGCAAAUCAUGCCCAGUUAUAAAUGGCACAGAACUUGUAUACACAGGCAUAACAGCUGGAAAACAUGCUAUCAAUACUGGUUCUGGAACCAACACACUGUGUUUACCCCAUGAUCCUGACUCGCUGCCAUCUGAUUUUCCCACCACAACAUACUCAAGUCAUAACGCAGACAUAUUUGGUGCUGAAUAUCAGUUCACAUAUAAAAAUGUUGCUGUUGAUGAUGAUGUCCCCUGUGCAAUUUGCAAAGUAAGGCCUGCUACAGCAACCAUGAUGGUUCCUGCCAAACUCUCCUGUCCCCAAGAAUGGACACUUCAAUACCACGGAUAUUUGAGUGCUGCAUAUCAAGGUGAGCAGGCAACAGACUAUAUCUGUGUUGACAGUGAUCCUGAGUUUUUUGAGGGUUUGAGACAAGUCAACUCAGAUGGACAUCUGCUCUAUCCAGUGAGGUCAUGGUGUGGAGCCCUGCCUUGCCCAAAUUACAAAAGUGGCCAAUAUCUUUCUUGUGCUAUUUGCACUUUGUAAUGGUAAAAAUGUAAUGCUGCUUUAUGUAAUACAUAUCAAUUAAAAAAUAGCUGCACUUGUAACAUGAAGUUAGUGUUGUA